AACAAGUAUAAUGAUUUAGGAGAUAUGUGUACGCUGACUUUAUCCAUACAUGAAAGUAAAGACUCUUAUACAAUGAAAUAAUAUUGUAAAAAUUUUCUACAACAUAUGUAAUAGAAUUAUAUUUUAAAUAUAUAUACUACUCCGUAUGCAGUUUCUACUGAUAAAAAAUUGUUCACUUAAAAUUAAAAAAAGAAAAGCAUUUGCCCUAGCCAUUUCAGUCGCAAGGUAGAGUGAAAGAGACAGCGCGCCAACCGAGAGAGAAGAGCAAUGGCGUCGGCUUGGAGGUCGGCUCUACUCCGUCACGUUCGAGUCCCGGUGACGCAAUCCCUCUCAUCCAACGGAUCGCGACUCAUCUCCGGCCGAUGGAUGUCGUCGGUCGACGGCCACCUAUCCAAGGAGCAAGUCUCCGAUAGAGUCCUAGACGUCAUCAAGAACUACCCCAAAGUCGAUCCUUCCAAGGUAACUCCCGACGUCCAUUUUGAGAAGGAUCUUGGCUUGGACAGCUUAGACACAGUUGAGAUUGUAAUGGCACUUGAGGAAGAGUUCAAGCUUGAAAUUCCGGACAAGGAAGCGGUUAGAAUCGACUCUUCCAAACUUGCAAUUGAGUAUAUUCGUAACCAUCCAAUGUCAAGUUAAGUGUUUUUUUAGUAGUUUGGGAAUGGGGUUCCUUCAAUUCCCACCUGUAUUUGCCUUUUGAAUGUGUAAUCCUUCAUCCAUAAACAAAGAAACAUCUAAUGAUCAUAUUGUGUAAGCUUUGUGANGGCGUUGCUUUGUUUUUGCAUAUUUUGGUGUUCAAUAUUUGAAAGAUGCAUUGGCAAAUAAAAAUGUAUGCAUGAA